CAGUUUUCUUGCCUCCCCCAGCCAUCUAUGUAUGUCUGACGGGGUCCUGAUGGGGCUUACUGUAACCAACACGAUUACCUCAAACACCAUCAUCUUCAUCUCGUCAUCCUCAAUCAACUCAAACUCACACAUUCAACACAAUCACAAUGACGGCUCCUAGUCUCUCCUCCCGUAUCCCAACACUCAUCCUCCUCUCCAUCCUCACAAUCUUCGGCUUCGACGCGCUCAUUCUCCAACUCGAUCGCAAUGGCUACACCUCCAUGCUAAAAUCCAUAACCCACGACCCCCUCCCACGCUUCCUCCCCGAUACUAAUCGCUUACUUCUCAAACAAUACACCGGAAUAGGACCAGCUGAUGACUUUUUCGCCUUUUCGAAUGUUAUCUGGGCGAAUGUAACCGAUGGCUCGAGGCCGGAACUUUCGCUGUUCACGUUUUGUUUUGGGGCGCAGUUGAUUGCGGUUUUUGUGGUGUUUCUGAUUGAAGCGCAGAGGGUGCUUGCUUGGAGUCCGGUUGUGCUAAAUGGUGUCUUUUGGGAAUUUGCGGUGCAGAGUCUUGGCUUUGGAUUCGUUGCGCCGCUUUACUUUGUCAUUCACUUGAUCUUCACAGCUGGAUCACCAAGGUCUGAGAGUGUUCAUCUUCGCGACUACUUGUGCCUUCAUACGGUCGUUCCGUCUUUCAUGCUUGGAUACAUCGUGCCGUGUAUUUUCAUGGCGUAUCCAUUCUCAAACUUCAAUGUUCGACAGUGGGCUAAUGCAGUCUGGGCCAUCGCCCCAGUUUAUAUCUUCACACUUCAAGCGGCAUUCACUGUUGUUCUAAAGAGGCUGAGUGUUGGGCAAGAUGCGCAUAAGCCAAAGGUCGUGCUCGACAAGAUUGCUUUGUCGCAUGCCUACAGCUUCGCAUGGAACGUCGCAGUCAUAGGCCAGAUGACAACCUACGCCGUCCUUACCACGGCAAGCCUCCUCCCAAACAUCUUCCCCUCUGGCAUCGCAGAGUCAUUGAGCAUGAACAGGGUCUUCAUUCCCGAUGCGGCGCCUCAUUCGUACAAACCCAUGUCCAGUGCCGCAGCGGCUAUGCAUAACUUUUUGAUCUACGAUUUUGCGACGGGGUCUGUGGCGGCGCUUGUGUGGGCGCUGCAGCAGCUGUUGGAGGUUAAGCCGGAGUUGAGGGUUGGUGAGGAGAGGACUAAUCUUGUGAGGGGGAUUGUUACGAGUGUGCUCUUGUCAGGGCCGGGAGGGGCGGUUGUUGCGUUGAUGCAGCAUCGUGAUGAGUCUGUUCUUAGCGCUGAGGGCAAGGCUGAGAAGAUUCAGUGAACAAAAUAGGGUUGGACCGGGCGUAUGUAAAAGUCAAGGGCCAGAUUGUGAUAAGUGAGAUAGUAUUUCUUUCUAUUUAUCUAAGCCUUCUCCUCUCUGUUCUCACCAAGAGGAACAUCUAAGCCAUGCCGUCCCUUGUACCCAGAUACCUCAGCAGGUUUCCAUCCGCCCUUCUGUAGCAGAGACUCAUCCUUGAGACGAUAAACUUCAACCUUGAGAGGUCGAC